GCUGAAAGACGACUUUGCAGCUCGAUACGCAUGCGCAGUCAAUUCUCCGCUCUAAAGGGAGACAUGGCGGCGUCCCUGAUCUGCGGCCGUUUGACGGCGAGCCUGAGAACUUCAGGGGCGAAGAACUCGGUCAGCUCCGCGUCCAAGGUUCUCGCCGGUUCUGCUGGUCUGUUUGGAGGCCAUGUGUCCCUGCUGCAGCCCCCCCACCUGCAGCAGCAGCAGAGGAACCUCUCCCUGCACGAGUACAUGAGCAUCGGGCUGCUGAAAGAGGCCGGCAUCUCUGUGCCACACGGCCUGGUGGCCAGCUCCUCGGACGAGGCCUACUCUGUGGCCAAGCAGAUCGGUUCAAAGGACCUGGUGGUGAAAGCUCAGGUGCUGGCUGGUGGAAGAGGAAAGGGGACGUUCGAGGGCGGAUUGAAGGGAGGCGUGAAGAUCGUCUACUCGCCAGAGGAGGCCCGUGAUAUCUCAUCCCAGAUGAUUGGUCGAAAGCUGUACACCAAGCAGACUGGGGAGGCGGGGCGAAUCUGCAACCAGGUGUUCAUCUGCGAGCGCAGGUACCCGCGCAGAGAGUACUACUUCGCCAUCACCAUGGAGAGGUCCUACCAGGGCCCCGUGCUGAUUGGCAGCUCGCAGGGGGGCGUGAACAUCGAAGACGUUGCAGCGGAGAAUCCAGAAGCCAUUGUGAAGGAGCCCAUCGACAUUGUGGAGGGCAUUAAGAUGGAGCAGGCUGUCAAGGUCGCUCAGAAGAUGGGCUUCCCGCCGGCGCUGGUGAACGAGGCGGCUGAGAACAUGAUCAAACUGUACAAUCUGUUCAUCAAGUACGACGCCUCCAUGGUCGAGAUCAACCCCAUGGUGGAGGACUCCUCCGGCAUCGUGAUGUGCAUGGACGCCAAGAUCAACUUUGACUCCAACGCAGUGUACCGCCAGAAGAGGGUGUUCGACAUGCGGGACUGGACCCAGGAGGACCCCCGGGACCAGCAGGCCGCCAAGGCCGACCUCAACUACAUCGGCCUGGAUGGAACCAUCGGCUGUCUGGUAAACGGCGCCGGUCUGGCCAUGGCCACCAUGGACAUCAUCAAGCUCCACGGCGGCACACCGGCCAACUUCCUGGAUGUAGGAGGAGGAGCCACAGCUCAUCAGGUGACCGAGGCCUUCAAGCUCAUCACCUCUGACAGGAAGGUUCAGGCCAUCCUGGUCAACAUCUUCGGAGGCAUCAUGAGGUGUGAUGUCAUCGCCCAGGGCAUCAUCAUGGCGGUGAGAGACCUGGACCUGAAGAUCCCCAUCGUAGUGCGGUUACAAGGGACGAGAGUGGACGACGCCAAAGCUCUGAUCGCUGCCAGCCCACUGAAAAUCCUGGCCUGUGACGACCUGGACGAAGCUGCUAAAAUGGUUGUAAAGCUUUCUGAAAUCGUCUCGCUGGCUAAGGAAGCUCAAGUGGACAUCACCUUCCAGCUGCCCAUCUAAAGAAACCUGGACCUUUGACCUCCUCACCCCAAACCCUCCCUCUGUCUCUUAGCAGCCCACCACUCCCCCCCCCCCCUCAGACAGACAGCCAAGACGAGCCUCUCCCUCCUGAGGGGAGACGACCUCGGAGACUUUUGGUUUUCUAACUGGCAUGAUGGCAUGACUGUACAGGCGACCAACCACAGCAGGUUUGACCUCGCUUCCUGUCCCUCCCCUUCUCAGACCUACAAACUUGUCUAGCACUUGAGUUGAUACGCACAAACCUCCCCUUUAACUCCCCUCACUCCCACGCUCUGAGCGGGAGGCACACGUGAACCAGUCUGUAAGUACUUGUUGGGAAAUGUUAAAAAAAUAAAAACCGACCAGCUGAA